ACAGAAGAAGUAGCAUUACAAACGCCAUUCCAGGAAAUGUCUACACAUGAAUAUUUAUAUCGCCGUUCUACAAAUUGUUUCAGGUAUUUUCAUGAUAAUAAAGAAUAUUUUGAAUGAUUUUUAUCUACCGAGUGUUGCUUUUUUAAAUGCACGUUAUAAACGACCCCGAAUCAUAAUGAUUUUAGAUUGAUAAGGACUUCCUACUGACCAAAUGCCGUAGUACACGCACAAGCUGUGCAUGAAACAAAGAAUCGCAGCCUUGCGAUUCAGAAUCAAUUUCAGACUGGCAUUUUUAAUGGGACACGCGAAUUAAUCGUUAAAUCCCUACAGUUUGCCCAACGUUCCGUGGGCGUGACGUCUGAGGCAAGGCUCGCCUCGCCUGAAAUUUACACGGGAUCAGGCAGCUGCAUUGAGGGGAGAGUGACAAAAAAUGGCACCCCCCUCAGGCAGACAUGCUGGUAUCUUUUCAUAAACUGUGUUAUUCACUGCUCAUCCUGCUGAGUGUGGUACUCUGCAGUAAAGGUGAUGGGACUGGCUGUGAAGACUGGACUUUAUCCGGUAAAGAUGUGUGCUGCAAAAAAUGCAAACCAGGGAACCGCAUGGUGAAACCUUGUGGAAUAGACCCAGCAUUGCUCUGUACCCCCUGUAAACCCAACCAUUACACACUCAAUCCUAAAAGUUUCUCUUGCUUGAAAUGUACCCAAUGUGUAGGUGUACAGUUUACUCUUAAAGAGUGCAAUACCAUGAGCGACACAGUAUGCGGAUGCAAGGAUGGUUAUCUGUGUGGAAACGCGAAAUGUUCAUACUGUGUUACGAAAUGCGGAGUGGGAGAGGAACCGCAAAUCCGAUCCUGUAGAAAAUGUCCUGAAGGGACGUUCAAUGACAAAAUCCACAGUAUGUGCAAAAAAUGGAAAGAAAGUUGUCCUGAUGGCCAAAUUCUGAAGACCAUAGGGAACGCAUCAAGGGACCACGAGUGCAUAUCGGACAAUGAAAUUCCAUUGCCUGGUGACAAGAAAAAUGAAUUCAUAGAGCCUGACGACAACUCCUUGCAUGUUAUUAAUAGGGAAGAUAAGGAUGAGAUCAAAUGGAUUCCAGUCGCUAUUGCUGGAGGUGUGGCAAUGUUGGCUGUUCUCUGCAUCAUAGCGUCAGUGAUUUCAUGCGUUAAAGCACGAAAAAUAUCAGAGAAGCAAAAACCUGAUACAACAUCUGACCAAGAGAUGUCUGAAGAUUCCAUAAUAAUGCCUGCGGAGCAGGAGGCCUGUAGUUAUCACCAUCCGGAGCAGGAACAGGGCGGCAGCUCCGAGUCCAUCAACACGCAGGAUUCGGAGUCGAAACUCAUAGUGUGAGUUCAUGGGACAGAUACAUUUUUGACUGUACAUGUCAGAUCAUUAAUGGGACCAAAGAUUACAUGUAGAAUGUCAGAGGGACCUUUUCUUGCACACGGAGGAGUAUGUGUUAAUGUAGGCGUGCGGCAGACAACGUUGACGUGCCUCAGAGUAGGCGCAUGUGUCGCUGCUUGCGUCAUAAUGUAAUGUCAAAAGCCUUUUGAAAAAAAUACCCUGGUGGGCUUCCCCAUAUUUCUGUAAAAACAGCAUCAUUUACUGUCUUGAAAUGUUACUUUUGUUUAGUUAAGAAUUGUCGGAGAGAUGGUUUACCAAAUCAGAUAAUGAUCACAUCAUAGAGGAAGUGUACUCAUAGUAGCACGUUCCUCCGCUGACGUCUUAACUAGAGUGCAUACUACUGUUUUUUUACUUUCUGUAUGAGUUUUUAGGAAUAUGUUAAUACUGUAUACCUCAAAUGCACUGUGUCACUUUAGUUGUAAGUCUGUGUAAAUGAAAGCAAUAUAAUGAUGUUUCUGUCUUACACUAUAAUAGCUUAACUAUGCGUAAGUUUGCAGUACAAAUAAAUCUGCCUGUUGAGGGAAUUCCUAAGAGUAAAUUCCUGACAGGGAAAUUUGAGAACUUAAGUAGUUAUUUAGAGAUAAACGGCUCUAAAAAUAUAUAGUGAGGGAGUUCCCCUGUUUAAUAUUGUGUCAGGUCACCUGUAACAUACCUGGCAUGGAGUACAACACGUGAAUAGGAAUGAAUCAUCUUGACUUCUAGUUUCAUUUCCUCCCACAAGCAGAUGGGUUCGUGCUUCAACGUGUUAAAAUGCACGGGUUAACGGUCGGGUCCAAAAAGAUUUAUUAUCAUGGAGUCAGAACUACAAUAAGAACAUCAAGGUAGAGCCGGGGGCGAGCAAUGUCUUUAGUGCUCUAAAGGUCACCUGUUUAUGUGUCACCACCAUGAGUAAGCAGUGUUGACAUAGAUGUGUCAUCAUUUUAUUAUGUACAGUUUGUUGGUUAUAGAAAUUUAUUUUUGUACUUAUAUUGUAACUAACUUUUUAAUCUUGGGUUUAUUCUGUAAUGUCAUAAUUUGUCGUUUACACAACAAAUAAAUAUACCUCUUUCAAACAGAAACAAGACUAAAUCCCUUUU